AGAAAAAGAUGCAUACCUGUAAUCUUGACGGCCAAUUUUGGCCGAUUGUUGGCUCCCGUAGGGACAUGUUCAAUUUUUCGAACCGUCAGCAUGCCGUCAAUCACCCGCCCGAAGACGGUAUGCUUGCCAUCCAAAAAGUCUGCCGGAGCGGUGGUAAUGAAAAACUAGGAAUCGAUUUCGCCUUUGUAAAAGUCAGUUACAAACUUGACAACAGGCACCUGUACCCUCACCAUCGAUAA